AACGCGAUGCUGUGAAAGACGUGAGAAAUAGGUAUGGACUAGAUCAAAUAUUAGGGCUCUGUUUUUAGGGUUUAUCACAAUGCUGGGCGAGGAAGGGGAUGCGCUGUGGGACGAUAUUGUCCUCGCUGAGAGAUUCCUCGUUAGCGCGAUGUAUGCCAGUUCUUUGUCCAAGGCGUCCGAGGUUCUUGACAAGCUGCGGCUAAAAUCCUCGGACACUCGACGGCUUCUCUACGCUGUUAACGAUCAAGGCCUUAGAGACCUUGUUGAAGCUGCUGGAAUGGUGCUUGUCCAAGCGACAAGCGAAAUGGGGAGGCUUGGAUCGUUAUUUAGCAUCUUGGAAGAUCAUUUCGAGAGUCUGGAGUUUAUACCGCACUACUUGGUUCUUCCAGCAAUUUGUCUACAAGUCUCAUCUCAGCUCCAUUAUCCUGCUCAUCUAGCUCUUCAGUGCUACCUCGAUGGCUGGUCCAGGGAUGCCCAACAAAGUGGCUUUUACACUAAAACUGUCAAAGAGUGCACUAUGCUGUUGCCGGAGGAUAUUUAUGCCGACUUAUCAGAAAUCUUUUCUGUGCACGUAUUACGUCUCAACGACCCCAAGUUGGUCCUCAGCUGGACGGAGAAACUCGACCUGCCGGAAAGGAGAAGGCAAGAACUGUUGGAAAAGCUUCUUGAUCGUACCGUCCCUACGCCAAAGAACAAAGAAGAAGAACAGGGAGCCGGCUUUCUUGGUGACAAAGAAUCUGCACCUACAAAGAAAACGAGAGCUCUCCAAUCGACAUCGCUACGUAUAAGCUUUGCUUACUGGGUAAAGCUCCUGGUUGAAGUGCUUCGCAUAUUUUGGAUCCAAGCAUUGGCUCGAAUAUCAUUCCAGUUCUCUGCAAUAGGAAAGAGCCUUGCAACGAUUAUUAUGGUGUAUGCGUUGAUCAAGAAACGCCACCUUAUCCGGAGGGCCAUGAGCAACGUGUUGCGAGGCGCUCUCACUGGACUAAAAGACUUUUGGGACCUUGCUUUCGGAUUGCAAAUAAAUCCAUUGGCUGCGGUGUCAAACGCUGGACAUUGACGUGAUAUGGACCUACACACAUUAGUUUGGUAGCUACUUGUUAUACAGGCUUCUGCUGAGCUAACUUUUCCUUGUUCACGAACAGCCCAUGGAAACCGUAUGGUACUCUCGAAGGGAGCUCGAUGGACGCUACUGUGUCUAGCUUGGGAGAGCUCGCAUCCAUAAUAAGCAGUUCGGAGACGCCAGUUAUUUCAUCGUGGACGUAGCAAAGCAGAAAGCCGUCAUCUUCCUCGGCAUCGUCGUUCCUGGGAACGAAAAAUGGCUCACUGCCAAAACGUCCCGUUCCAAAUUUUCUCCAUGCAACCACAGCGGGGUCAUACUCGAGAGCUUCUUCAGAGAUGGUCGUCACGUUGGAACAUCUGGGAGCAUUCAGAUCGAGCUUUGCAACUCCAGAGAACUUCGGCCAGGGACCAUAAAUCGAAUAAUAAGCAUACCUCGUCUUUCUGGUGA